UUUUUUUUUUGAAAAUAGAAAAAAAACCAAUAGUAUGAAUCAAGCAUCAAGAGGAUCUCGUGUUGUUUUUGUUGGUAACAUUCCAUUUGAACUUUCUGAGGAACAGUUGAUUGAAGUAUUCAAAGAAGUUGGCCCGGUUGCUUCUUUUCGUCUUUUAUUUGAUCGAGACACAGGAAGACCUAAAGGUUAUGGCUUUUGUGAAUUUCUAGAUGCAGAAACUGCAGCAAGUGCUGUCAGAAAUUUAAAUGAUUAUGAAAUUGGAGGACGUCAAUUAAGAGUUGAUUAUGCUGCAAUGGAAGACAACCAAGGAAGAGGGGGACAUCAAAACAACAACAAUAAUAAUUAUAAUAAUCAAAGCAGACAUCAUCCGCCACAAUCACAACCUAUACCAGCACAGUCUAUGCCACCACAACAUAUGCCAGCACAGCAUAUGCCAGCACAACAUAUGUCUAUGCCUAUACAGCCUUUACCUUCACAGCCUAUAAUGCCCACUACAAACAUGUCGUCCGUUGAUGAAAUUUCUAAAGUUUUAGCUUCUAUGAAUUCUCAAGAUUUAUUUACUUUAAUGAGCCAGAUGAAGCAAAUGUCUUUUGAACGACCAGAGUUUACGAGAGAAUUUUUAACUUCUAAUCCUCAAGUUGCAUAUGCUUUAUUUCAAGCAAUGGUUAUGAUGAAUAUUGUAGAUCCCAAUAUUAUUACACGAAUUAUGACAGCUGCAGCUACAGCUACAGCUACACCUCCCGUAAUGCAGACCCAACCUGUAAGACCACCUAUUGUGAAUAAUCCUGUUCCCAAUCAGGGACCACCUACUCAACCAGAAGAUGAAACAGAGCAGCAAAAAGCGUUAUUAAUGAAGGUAUUACAAUUAACAGAUGAACAGAUUAAUGCACUCCCUCCUCAAACAAGAGAUCAAAUCAGGCAGUUGAAAACACAAUUAACAAUGCAGCAAUCAUAAAAAAAAAAGG